AUUCCGUAGCACGCAUGCGCAGAGGCGGUACAGGGGGAGGGGGAAGCUCUUCCGGGUCGAAGGUCGAGCGCUCCGUCUUUUCCGCUCGGGAUCCCAGGCAACAUGACCAAGGGGACGUCCUCGUUCGGCAAGCGCCGCAACAAGACACACACGCUGUGUCGCCGCUGCGGUGCCAAGGCCUACCACAUCCAGAAGUCGCUCUGCGCCAAGUGCGGAUACCCGUACAAGAGGAAGAGAAGCUACAACUGGAGUGUGAAGGCCAAGAGGCGUAACACCACUGGAACUGGCCGCAUGAGGCACCUGAAGGUGGUCUUCCGCAGGUUCAGGAAUGGAUUCCGCGAGGGCACCACCCCGAAGCCGCGCAGGUCCGUUGCUGCUCAGACCACAUCUUCGUAAACGUGGCCUGUUGGUAACGCCUGCUGCUGUGAUAGUGGGAAAUAAAGCAUUGUGAUGUACACAAACAA